UCAGUCGCUCUGAAGCCACCGAGGGGAGAGGUUUGCGCGAGUGCCAUGGCGAUGUCAUUGAAACGCCCGCAGCUGGAGGAAAAUGCCACUGCUGAGAAAAGGCACAGAAUCAAGAGGAAAAAAGCCCCGUGGUGGCACAGUGACAUCAUUUACCAAGUGUAUCCUCGUUCGUUUUGUGACAGCAGUGGAGAUGGCACUGGGGACUUGAAAGGCAUCGCGAGCAAGGCGGACUACCUGAAGGAGCUGGGCGUCGGGACGGUGUGGCUGAGUCCGAUCUUCUCGUCGCCGAUGGCUGACUUCGGCUACGACGUCGCCAACUUCACCGCCAUCGAGCCGCUCUUCGGGACCAUGGACGACUUCGACGCGCUCAGGGCGGCGCUGCACGACAGAGGCCUGCGGCUGGUGCUGGACUUCGUGCCGAACCACAGCAGCGACGAGCACGAGUGGUUCGUCAAGUCCAGGCGGAAGGAGGAGCCGUACACGGACUACUACAUCUGGGCGGACCCGAAGGGCUUCGACGAGGAGGGCCAGCCCAUCCCGCCCAACAACUGGCUGAGCGUGUUCCGGGGGCCGGCGUGGACGUGGGCGGAGGAGCGGCAGCAGUUCUACUUCCACCAGUUCCUGGCCAAACAGCCCGACCUGAACUUCCGGAACCAGCGAGUGCGGGACGAGAUGAAGAACAUACUCAAAUUCUGGUUGGACAAAGGCAUUGACGGUUUCCGAAUAGAUGCCAUAAAACACCUGUUCGAAGUGGCAGACUUGAGCCAAGACGAACCCGUCGCGAAGAAUUCAGGCGUGGAGGACCCCCUGGACUACGGCCACCUCAGUCACCCGUUCACAGUCAACCAGCCAGAGACCUUCGAAGUGGUCAAGGAGUGGAGGGACAUCAUGGACCAGUAUCCUGAAAAGCUAAUGAUGGUCGAGAUGUGGGACGGAGACAUCGGCGAGGUGAUGAAGUACUACGGCAGCGACAGCGUCCCCCUGGCGGACUUCCCGUUCAACUUCCUGCUGAUCGACAGGUUCCGCAACAGGAGCGACCUGAGCGGCGCCGCCCUCAAGGACGCCCUCGACCUGUGGAUGGACAACAUGCCGGAGGGGAAGUGGCCCAACUGGGUGCUCGGCAACCACGACAACGGGCGCGUGGGGUCCCGCUUCGGCGAGGACCUGGUCGACGCGCUCAACAUGCUGAUUCUUCUGCUGCCGGGGACGCCCGUCACCUACUACGGGGAGGAGAUGGGUAUGGUAGACGCCGCUGUGUCGUGGGAGGAGACGCAGGAUCCCCAAGGGCGACACUACGGGCGUGAAAAGUACUUGGAACACAGCAGAGAUCCAGCGAGGACGCCCAUGCAGUGGGACAGCACAGCCUUUGCUGGUUUUACAAGAGGGAAGAGUACAUGGCUGCCAGUGAAUAAGAACUACAAGACCCUCAACGUCCAGGCUCAGUCACGGGCAGACACGAGCCACUUAAAGAUAUACAAAGAACUUGCUCGAUUAAGAAAGCGGGAGCCCUUUGCAGGAGGACGGACUGCCUAUCCCGUGGUCACCCGAGAAGUAUUUUCGGUUUUGCGAUACCUUGAAGGCUACGAGAGCUACCUGCUGGUGAUCAACACGUCGGAGGAGGAACUGGAGGUCGACCUCCACCAGCACGCCAACAUGGAGCUUCCGCCGGCGGCCGAGGUCGUCCUGCGCUCAGUCACAGAUGCUUCGGAGGCGACCGUCCCGGGGUGAGCGGCCAGAGCGUGG